AUGAACAUCGAACCCCAAGCACUGUCUGAAACCUCCGACACGCCGCAGCGCCUGCGCACCUCCAAAGCCUGCGAAGAAUGCCGCAAGCGCAAGAUCCGCUGCAACGGACAGUCGCCCACGCCGUGCGACUACUGCCGCCAGAAGCGACUGCACUGUGUCUACCGCAGUCAGGCGCGGAUUCGGCGGCCACGGCACGUGUUGAUGGGGAUGGCGCGUGCGUCCGCCGCGGCGGGGGGUGGGGCAGAUGCCGGGACGAGCGCGGGGGCGGGCGCGGCGACGGGUGAUGUGGAGGGAUUGGGCGGCGCGGGGAGCGGGAUCGGGGGAAGUCCGAUCGAGAGCUCGCUGUACGCGGGCGUGUCGGCCACGUACGCCGACUCGCCGAGCAGGACCCUGCAGCUGUUCUACGGCCCCUCGAGUAAUUUCCCCAUGAUCCAGCACAUCCACCAGCGCUUGAACGCGGCAAAGAGUGCUUCCACUGCGCCGUCGUCGACUAUAGAAGAGGUCGACGAGGGGCUGGACAGGUUUAAUUACCGCGGCAUCUUCUUCGGGAAACAUUCGGAUCAACAGGACAUGUCGAGGGGCGUGGAUGAUUCGAAUCUGCUGUUCCUGCCUUACAAUCUCGCGGCGGACUUCCUUGAGAAAUUUCUAACAACGCUACAGAGGCACUUGCCGUUUGUGGAUCCGGCGGUUGCGGCGGACUCACUGGCGGUGUUGUACGGGAAUGCGGGGGUAGGUGACGCGCGGGAGCUAGAUAUCGGCGAGAGAGCGAUAUUGAUCGCCAUCCUGGCGGUCGGUGCCACGCUCACCGAGUACACGGUCUGGGCCGAGACGCUGUACAAGCGCGCGAAUAGUCUGGCGGAUGAGCUUGACGAUGUGGUUAAUGUCCAUGUGUGUCAGCUGGGGUUGCUGCUUGCGCAUUUUCAGUGCGUUACCGGGAAGCCCAACUCGGUUUAUUUGCUGGUGGGGACGGCCAUGAGGAAGGCGGUCGCUGCGGGUCUGCACAAAGAGGCGUUGUCCAAAGGACGGCAGAGCGUGGACUUUGCACUGGUGCAGGAGAGGAGGUUAACGUUCUGGAGCAUCUAUAUCUUUGAAGUUACCAUCUCUUUCGGACUGGGCCGGCCGAUCUCGAUCCAUGACAGCGACAUCAGCAUUCCAUACCCUGAGGAUUCACCCUUCUUCAUAUCGCUGAUCACACUGGCACGCGUCUACUCGCGCGCCUCGCAGCAGCUGUACAGCACAAAACAAGGCUCGCUCCUAUCCCUCUACAAAUCCGCCACCGCGCUCAAGGCCGAACUCGACGCCUUCCGCGCCUCGCUCCCGCCCGAACUCCAACUCGGCCCGGACGCGCCCUUCAAAUCGGGCGCACCCGAUGUCCUGAAGCUCUUCCUCAACAACUGGUACUACCACGCCGUGAUCCUGAUCUUCCGCCCCUUCCUGAUCUUCCACGCGCAAUGGCAGGCGGACCCGUCGCACCGGCUGACCACUGACCCUGCCGUCGCCGUCUCGAAACGGCAACUGCGCACCUCGGCGCCGUGGAUCUUCACCGCGUGCGACGCGUGCAUCUCAGCCGCGCGCGAGCUGCUGAUCUGUCUGCACCGCAGCGUGAAAACCAACGACCUCGUGCGCCGCCUCGCAUACUCGUGUUUCUACGUCGAGUGCGGGGCGUUCCUGCUGAUCUUUAAUAUGCUACGCGAGCGCCGCGCAUCCGACGCCCCGGACUCGGGCGAGGACGCCCGCUGUAUGAGACUCGCUCUCGAGGCGAUGGAAAUGAUGCAUGACACCACCCCGAGAAACGUCAGUCUCUUCGCUAUACGUAGGAUGCUGGCGCUGGUCGAGGGCGUGGAAGACGAUGAUACAGAGACUUGGGGUGGCGUUAGCCCUGAGAGCUCGACGCCCGGCACGACUAUUGCAGUAGGUCCCUUACUCCUUCCCUCUUUCGACUGUGUUCUGAUUGCGAAGGAAACGGCUGCGGCAAAUGGAUUACUGCGGAUGCCGGAGACGGCGGGAAUGCCCGGGGAGAAUAUGUCCCCAAGCAGUGUGCUGGAUUGGGACCUGGGCGAGAUGAAGUUGAAUUUUGACCUCAACAGUAUGGAUCUCGAUUGCUGGCUGGCUAUGGAAGGGUUUGGGGGGGUGGGAGCAUGCGAUCUUGGGUAG